AUGGCGUCGUGUUCGAUGCCACUCUUACCACUCAGUCCCGCUCUCUCAUCUAGCAACCCUAUCUUCUCUCUCCGAAUUUCCAACACCACCCGAACAUCCUCUCUCUCUUAUUCCUCAAGGUCGCUUUCAGUUUCAGCUUCUUCUUCGCCUUCACUUCAAGCUAUCAUAUUCGAUUGUGAUGGCGUCAUUCUAGAGUCCGAGCACUUGCACCGCCAAGCAUACAAUGACGCUUUCUCUCAGUUCAAUGUCCGUUGCCCCUCUUCCUCCUCUCAGCCCCUCAAUUGGGGUCUCGAAUUCUAUGACGAGCUCCAGAACCGCAUCGGCGGUGGCAAACCCAAAAUGCGAUGGUACUUUAAGGAGCACGGUUGGCCUUCUUCGACAAUAUUUCAGGCUCCUCCUGAGGAUGAUGAUGCUAAAGCAAAGCUAAUUGACACUAUUCAGGAUUGGAAGACUGAAAGGUACAAAGAAAUAAUCAAAUCUGGAACUGUGGAGCCUAGACCGGGAGUUUUGAGAUUGAUGGAUGACGUGAAGGCUGCUGGUAAAAAACUAGCUGUUUGCUCUGCUGCAACUAAAAGUUCAGUGAUACUGUGUCUUGAAAACCUUAUCGGGGAGCGGUUCCAAAGUCUUGAUUGCUUCCUUGCUGGUAAGUUGAACAGUCUAGGGAUAUGA